CAGGCGAUUUCCAAGAAGGCGGGAAAGAAGGCCGCUGCGCCUCAGAAGGCAGGCGGUGGUGGAGGCAAAGUAGCGAAGGCGGACUGGAAGGAGGGCUUCAAGAAGAAGCAGGUCGGCGUGUCGGAUAUGACCUUGUUGACCACUAUCACAAACGAGGCUAUCAAUGAGAACCUGCAGAAGCGAUGGCUCGCCGGGGAGAUCUACACCUAUAUUGGCUCUGUCUUGAUAUCCGUUAACCCUUUCAGAGAUCUCGGAAUCUACACCGACGAGGUGCUACAGCGAUACAAGGGGAAGAACAGGCUCGAGGUGCCGCCCCAUGUCUUUGGCAUUGCCGAGUCUGCCUACUACAAUAUGAACGCCUACCACGAGAACCAAUGUGUCAUCAUAUCAGGGGAGUCUGGUGCAGGUAAGACGGAGGCAGCGAAACGCAUCAUGCAGUACAUCGCUGCCGUGUCGGGCGGUCGCGAUAGUAGUAUUCAGGAGAUCAAGGACAUGGUGCUGGCUACCAACCCCUUGCUGGAGAGCUUCGGCUGUGCCAAGACCCUCCGUAAUAACAACUCCAGUCGACACGGCAAAUAUCUCGAGAUCAUGUUCAACGAUCACGGAGAGCCUAUAGGUGCCCAGAUCACGAACUAUCUCUUGGAGAAGGGUCGUGUCGUCGGACAAGUGGAGAGCGAACGUAACUUUCACAUCUUCUAUCAGUUCACCAAAGGCGCUUCAGACGAACAGCGAGAGACGUAUGGUCUGCAGGGCCCGGAAGCAUAUGCCUACACAAGUGUGAGCAACUGUCUCGACGUCCAGGGCAUCGACGAUGUACAGGACUUCAGCGAGACCAUCAGGGCCAUGCAAGUCAUCGGUCUGAGCGACUACGAGCAGAGCGAGAUCUUCCGCAUGCUUGCGAUCAUCCUCUGGCUCGGCAACGUCCAGUACGAGGAGAUGGACGACGGCAACGCGCGCGUUGCUGAUACAAGCGUCACAGACUUCCUCGGGUACCUCAUGGAGGUUGACCCUGCGCUCAUGCAGAAGGUUAUGACGAUUAAGGUCAUGGAGACGCAACGCGGUGGACGGAGAGGGUCGGUUUAUGACGUCCCCCUCAACCCAUCGCAAGCAACGUCUGGGCGCAACGCCUUGGCGAAGGCGAUCUAUAACAAUCUUUUCGAGUGGAUUGUGUCGAAGAUUAACGUCUCGAUGAAGGCGCGAUCAUCUACUGCACAACUGAUCGGUAUCUUGGAUAUCUUUGGCUUUGAGAUCUUCGAGGACAACUCGUUUGAGCAGCUCUGCAUCAAUUACGUCAAUGAGAAGUUGCAGCAGAUCUUCAUCGAGCUGACCCUCAAGACGGAGCAGGAGGAGUACGUCCGGGAGCAGAUCAAGUGGACGCCGAUUAAGUAUUUCAACAAUAAAAUCGUGUGUGAUCUCAUCGAGGAGAAGCGGCCGCCCGGCAUCUUCGCCGCCCUCAACGAUGCUUGCGCGACAGCACACGCCGACCCGAGCGCCGCCGACAACAGCUUUAUCCAACGCACGGCGGGCCUCGCGUCGAACCCCCACUUCGAGGCGCGUGGCGCACAGUUCCUGGUCAAGCACUACGCCGGCGACGUGAUGUACAACGUCGCGGGGAUGACGGACAAGAACAAGGACGUAUUGGUGAAGGACCUGCUCGACCUAAUGGCGGGCAGCAACAACCAAUUCCUCCAAUCGCUCUUCCCGGACAGGCCGGAUCCCAACAGCAAGAAGCGGCCACCUACCGCUGGUGACAGGAUCAAGGCGUCGGCGCAAGCGCUGGUAGAGAACCUUAUGCGUGCGCAGCCGUCGUACAUCCGGACGAUUAAGCCGAACCAAAACAGAAGUGCGACCGAAUAUGACACCAAGGCUGUCCUGCAUCAGGUUAAGUACCUCGGUCUGCAGGAGAACAUCCGGGUGCGGCGAGCCGGCUUCGCAUAUAGGAACACGUUCGAGAAGAUGGUCGAGCGGUUCUACUUGCUCUCGCCCUCGACUUCGUAUGCCGGCGAUUAUACAUGGAAUGGCGAUUCGAAAUCUGGCUGCGAGAAGAUUCUUACUGAUACUGGGAUCGCCCGCGAGGAGUGGCAGAUGGGUGUGACGAAGGCGUUCAUCAAGAACCCUGAGACGCUCUUCGCUCUGGAGACGAUGCGUGACAGGUACUGGCACAACAUGGCUGGGCGUAUUCAGCGAGCGUGGCGUAACUAUAUGCGCUACAAACACGAGUGCGCACGCCGCAUACAGCGAUUCUGGAAGAACAACAAAGAAGCGAUCGAGUAUGCGAAGAUACGUGAUUAUGGGCACCAGAUCCUUGCAGGCAGGAAGGAGCGCAGACGGUUUAGUCUGCUCAGCUACCGACGCUUCAUGGCCGACUACCUCUUUGUCAAUGACAAAAGUCCUCUGGGUGAGGAGCUGGGUUCUGCUUGUGGUCUCGGUGCCGAGAAGGUCACGUUCAGUUCAAGGUGCCAGCUUUUGGUCUCGAAGGCACUUCGCUCAAGUAAACCUAGCCCUCGUUUCCUGAUUCUUACUCAGAAAGCUGUCCACAUUGUCGUCUUGGGUCAGACUAAGGAUGGCGUGACUUUCUACACCCUGGAACGCAAGAUACCGCUGGUAACAAUCAAGGGCAUAUCUAUGUCGAAUCUACGGGAUGAUUGGAUCUCAUUGAAUUUGGGUUCAACUGAAGAAGGCGAUCCUCUCAUCAGCUGCGUAUUCAAGACGGAGUUCGUGACGCACCUUCAACAGUUGACGCAAGGCGGUCUCAAUGUGCUCAUUGGUCCGACGAUUGACUACAACAAGAAGAAAGAGAAGAGAGCACAGGUCAAGUUCCUGAAGGACGAGACCGUUCCUAGGAAUGACGUUUACAAGAGUCAUGCGGUCCAUGUUCCUACAGGCGAGCCGCCAAGUAGCUUGUCGAACCCACCAGCAAAACGUAAGGCGGGCGUAGCGCGGCCGAUAACGCAAGGUAAACUGUUGCGUAAGGGUGGUCCUUCAGACAAACCGGCGGCAUCACGUCCGAAGCCUGCUGCAAAACCCUUACCGGGCAAGGCCGCAGCCCCUCCCGCCGCCAUAUCUUCGAGUUUCUCGACGUCAAGUGCAUCGCAAGCGCCGCCACCGCCUCCGCCUCCGCCCAGAGCAGCAGCGCUCCCUCCCCCACCAGAGCCAGAUGUCGAACUGUAUCGCGCCAAAUUCGCAUUCGAGGGCCAAGCGGGCGAGAUGGCUCUCAAGAAAGACGACGUGGUUGAGUUGGUCGAGAAGGAUGACAACGGUUGGUGGUUGGUGAAGAAGGACGGUGUCGAGGGGUGGGCACCCAACAACUACCUCGAGUUGGUACCACCAAAGCCAAAGGCUGCACCCGCGCCACCUCCGCCACCGCCCCCGCCGCCUGCCGCCAACCGUCGACCACCAUCUAUGCAACCGGCUGCGCCUGCUGCCCCGACCGCCAAGGCCACUGGGAAGUCCGUCAUCGCCGACCCGCAUGCCAAACCAGUAGCUGUGUUCCCGGGCAUGGUGCCAGCCAAUGGCUCUGCGGCGCCUUGGAAAAAGCAGGCGUCAACCAGCUCUACAUUGAACGGCUCGUCAACAGACAGCACGCCCGUCAGCUCACGGCCAGCCAGUUCUUUGGCAUCGAAACCUCCCCCGCCAGCGCCGAAACCGAAGCCUGGCCCUCCACCUCUGGCAAGCAAACCUGGAGGUGCUCCGCCGCCCAAGGUAGGAGCGAAGCCCCCUAUUCCUGUUGCAUCAAGACCCGCUGCUGCUCCGCCCAAGCCCAAGCCAGGCGGCAUAGCUAAGCCGGCCGCGCCAGGUGGGCAGCUGGAUCUGGCUGCUGCGUUGGCCAAACGAGCACAAAGACUAGCAGAGGAUGAGUGAUUUCCGCAAGUGGGUUUUAAGACAAUGACUGUGACAUGUAGACAUCUACGGCGUGUAAUAAACAAAGGAUGGCAGGAUCUAUGGUCAGUGCAUGCAUAGUCUGCUGCCUUGAGUUGUAAGUAUUGGCGUUGACCGCUUUCAAUCAACUCG